CUCUAUCUUAUGUUGGCGUUGGUAUUUUAAGAUAUCUCGGUGGUACGUCAUAACAUUAAACAAGAGGCAAAUGAAAAUGACAGAUUCAAUGAAAUUUGGCCCGGAAUGGUUGCGCAAUAUGUCAGCCGAGCCUUCGAGCUCUAUCAGUACCUACAACGUUGGUAAUGGAGCUCAAAACAAUUCGAUUGGAGGGCACAACCUGGGAAACAACACGGCAGCAUCCGCUUCCCGUAAUCUAUUUCCAGAAUACCGGUACGGACGCGAGGAAAUGCUGUCCUUGUUCGAUCGGAACUGCCUACUGCCGCAGAUCCUGCCAUCGUUCAAAAAGCUCUUCGUGGAAAAGGUUCAGUACCCUCUUGCAUUGACACCGAGCUCCGAGGAGGACAUCAACCAAAACUCGCUUGGCAAUAACUCUCGUCCUGCCUGGUUGCAGCGCUCGCCCAGUGGAUUUGGUAAUGCCUCCCGAGGCUCUGGACGUGGUGGAACAGUCGACCGGGGACGAAUGCGCGGAAAAUCGGCCUAUCAUCCAAUAUACCAACGCCCAAGCGGUCUAUAUGAUGAGAGCUUAUCGGUUAUAUCAAAGGCCGAACGCACAUGGAGCGACCGCAACGGAACUGGAGAUUCUGCGGCGACCACCACCUCCACUAGUGUUUCUGGUGCUCUAGAUUGGAAUGAAACGCCAAGCUCAAGUCCUCGAAAAGAUUAUUCUAAUAAUCAUCGAAACUUGGAAAAUUGGCGACGAACACGUAACGAAGAUGGAUCCGGAGAUGGUCCAGCUUCCAGCGUUUCCAUCGGCGGACCCGAAAUUGCUGGUUGGCGGAGCGGUGUCGUCGGUGGAAGUACAAACGCAAGUUUUGGUACCAAUAGCCAUCGCUGGGGAAGAUCUACAAGCUGGCGUGAUGAAGAUCCUAGCGUCGACAAUGCAGCGAGUUUACAACGCUCAAUUUCAACAGUUGGGACUUUAGGUACAGAUCGAGACCGGACUGGAAACAGUAAAGGAUCUGGGAUGGGAGCUGCAGAGGCAGGAGGGAGUAUAUCACACCCACGGUUGUCGAGUUCUAAAAUAUCCCAAUUAUGGACUGUUAAUAAUGCAGUCGGUGUUGAUGUCGACGAAAAUCUACCCGAAUGGGCAAUGGAAAAUCCAUCAAAAUUGGGUGGCAGUUUUGAUGCUAGUGGAGCCUUUCAUGGAGAUACCGAUCUAAAACCUAACAAAAGUUCGCAUAAUACUUUAGAAACCAAAAGCUUAGACUCCUAUGACGAUGUGAAAAGACCGAAAAGUAAAGACCUGUCUGAUGCAGAUAGUGGUAACGAUAUAACUUCAGAAACCUCAUUAACGAAAGAUUCCAAUACAAUAGCUGUGCAAGAUGAAGUUGAAAGCAGUUUAUCCCCAAUAAGCUGUACAACGACAAAGGAAGUGAUCCAUGGAGAUAUUUCAGAUCGGAUUAAAGAGGUCGCCGAUGAAGUAGAAAAACUUAUAAUGGAUGAUGAUCAUAAAAUCUCGUCGAAUCGAAGCCAACAUCAAACUCAUGACGGGUUUACAGCUGCACUAAACGUGAAACCGAGUGUUACAGGAGUGCAACGGCAAGCACCUUCCACCAUGCCUAUACAAAUUGCCACUACAAUUACAGAUGUCGCUCCUCCAUCCCAUCAGCAUCCAGUUGUGCCGUUUUCGGAUCAUGAGACUCUGCAACACCAUAACGUGCACCACCUGCCACAAUUUCCAAUGAUACCUACACCGCAUAUGAUUACUCCAAAUCUAAACGAAUUAUGGUUUUAUCGGGAUCCGCAGUCAAAUGUACAGGGGCCGUUCAGUGCCGUUGAGAUGACGGAAUGGUAUCGCGCUGGCUACUUUAAUGAGAACCUGUUUGUACGCCGGUACUCUGAUAAUAGGUUUAGACCGCUGGGAGAGCUUAUAAAAUUUUGUCAUGGUAACAUGCCAUUUACGCACAGUCACCUACUUCCUUCUCCGAUAGAACUAGAGAACAUUCCUGUUGGACAAAUACCAGCCCCUCUAACGGCGUCACUUUCAAUUACACCCCAUAAGCCAUCACCGAUUCCUAUCGCACUUUCUGUUGUUGAACAGCAGUUGCAGCAACAAAGAGAUGAACAACUAAAGGCAAAUGUAACAGCAACAGCUGAAUCCCUAAGUGCUGCAAUAAAAGGAAGUUUUGGCGGAAAUAGCAUUACUAAUACGUCUCAUUUGCUCACAAUGCGGUUUCAAAUGCUCCAGGAUCAGUACAUACAGCACCAGGAAUACCAAAUAUUAGCUGAGCUAUCCAAAAAUGAAUGCUUUCAACGCCUUUCUGCUGUCGAGCAAGAAACAGUUGUUCGUGGGAAAGUUCAAUUGCUGGGUCUUCCUGAGUAUUUGAUCAGCUUAAACGGAUUAAGCAAUUCUUUGUCCGUACUGAACCCCGUUGCCGGUAGACAGUUAUACAGUGCAGUGGUAGAGCAAGUCAAGAAGGAUCAGCAACAUAUUUUUGCAAACAACAGCGAGCAGCAACGUUCAGUGGGCAAUUUACUUGAUGCUAAUAAUUUCAUUCUAAAUGCCCAAAUAAUAAAUCAGCAAUCUCAGCAAGAGGUAGGUCCCUUGGUAUCAUCCGUGGAUUGCAUUAUGCAAGGUGGAACUGCAGCUGACCUAAAUAAGCCUAUUGAAAUGCCGAGGAAUGAGUUAGACUUAAUUAAUGAAUACAACUUACGAAUGCUGUUGCGUGGCCAACCAACAAGUACUCAACAGCAACCCCCUGCGCUGCAGAACUCUGCUAACGAAAAUCUCCCUGGAGUUGAUUUCUUAACUGAAACACAAUUGUUAGAGGGGCAAAACUUGAUGAUUCCCAUCUGGUUACCCCCUAAUAAGCAACAACAAACCGACCAACAAUGGACUGAAAUGUCUAAUGCGGAAGCAUCCUUAUGGGAAGUGGGCAACUUAAAUGAAGAGCGAAAUGAAGAUCAGCAACUAUUAAUGCCUAAUUCUUCUGAAGCGUGCUUCGCAGAUACAGAAAAAGAUGUCAAAAUUUCACAAUUAUUUCAAGUUCAAUCAGGAAAUGUUGUUAGCCACAGCACAUCAGGGGAAUUAGAUCAGACCCCUGAAAAUUUAAAAGAUUCACAUAAUCAAAAAAUAGUCAAAUCCCUUGUUUCCGAUAUUCAACAGAAUCAUAAUAAGGAACCAAAUUCACAUCAGCACCAGGCAAAGCAGGCUAACAAGCAGAAUCUGAAUUCAAAACAGAAUGCGGCACAGCCAGCCCUAAAGCCAAUUAAUAACGAAAAUGAUCGGAAACGAGAGCAGACAGAAGAAAAAAAAAGGCAACGAGAGGAACGCAAGCGCCAGCAAUUGGAAGAUGAUAAACGUCGGGCGUUAAAUGAAUCUGAAGAACAGACCCGUCAAAUGCAAGAGGAAAAGGAGAGGCAACAGCAAAUACAAGCCCAACGUCGAAAGGCAUUGUUGGGCAAUGCUCAUUCUCUAUCAGUUCAAAAUGGGAUGUCAGGAACAUUAGCGUCUGCACAAGGCAAGAAGAACGACGAUGUCAAAACAGCAGAACCUCCAGUAUCCUCGCGCUUGACGUCUACAUCCGUAGCACCUUGGUCUUUUCAGUCGCAAAAUUCUAUUAGAUCGGCGCCUGGUCUGGCAGAAAUACAAAAGGCAGAACGUCGAGAGCGUCGCGCAGACCAACAGCGGCAUCAAGAGCUAUUAGAUAAGCAAUUGCGUGCCAAUGCCGCAGCUGCGGCUGAAGCCAACGAUGCUUUGCUUAAAUGGCAGUCAACACCAGCGUCGGGCCCCGUAAUGAGUCUCGCCGAGAUUCAAGCAGAAGAGGCAAGGCGGUUGGCCAAUGACCUUGUGGAUCAGCAGCGUCGACGAGAACUGGAACAUCACCAACAAGCUCCUUUGUCAUCAGCGGUUUUGGUUGCGAGUGCAACUUCCAACAUCUGGGGUAACGCCAAUAAAGCAUGGAGUUCGUCCGCUGCUCAAUCACUUUCAUUAAAAACAAGUCCUGGAACUGGACUGUGGGACGAACCGAACGCAUUAGGUUCUAAUGGAUCUGGAACAAGCGGUACCAUAUCCGUAACUGCGGCGACAGUCUUGGCAGGAGGAUUAAACUCAGCUACUAAAACCAUUCUACAAGCUCAAAACAAGUCGUCGGCUUUAUUUGCAUCGCCUCGAAAUUUGAGCAAGAGUCAAACAUUGCCAGCCCUUAGUAACCCAGAAAAGUCAAAUAAAAAUGGACCAGGACAACGGCCAGAAAAACAAAAAUUGGCUCAAACUCGUUCAAAAGUUGGACCUGUCUCAGUUGAAGAAAAGGAUAGAGAAAGAAAAUCGAAUGCAAAAAGCCAUGUUCAGCAAAGCAGCACCGACCAAGCCAUUAGCAAGGUUAAUGAGUAUGAAAACGAGUUCACUAGCUGGUGCAUAAAGAGCCUAGAUAAUAUGUCCGCCAAAGUUGAUGUACCCACGUUCGUUGCAUUCUUGCAGGACUUGGAAGCGCCAUAUGAGGUAAAGGACUAUGUCCGAAUAUACCUUGGUGAUGGAAAAGAUUCUUUGGAUUUCGCAAAGCAGUUUUUGGAGCGACGUAGCAAAUACAAAAGCUUGCAACGUGCCCAAAAUGCACACAAUGAUGAUAUGUGCAAACCGGCUCCUGCCAUUACGCCAUCUGCAAAUGACUAUGCCGACAGCAAGAGCAAGCAAAAAAAGAUUAAAAAGAAUAAGAUGACUAAGAUGGACGCCCGCAUUCUUGGGUUUUCAGUAACAGCUGCCGAGGGUCGCAUAAAUGUUGGCAUUCGAGACUAUGUCGAAGGACCAUAACCACUCCGAAAAUGCGAUCAAAAACUUAAAAUUUUCUAUAAAAUUUGACAUGUUAUGAACUGCAGAAUUGAAAUAAACUUAGGUCACAAUAUUAUGUGCGUUAAACUCUGA